AAAUCGACCCAGCGAAGGAUUGCCUUUUCUGGACCUGGACCUCCUUUGUCACCUACAUCCUCAGCAGCACCUCACCAUGCGUGCCCUCGUGCUCGGUUUGUUCGCUGCCUCACUCCUGGCGAGUGCCGUGGCCUUCAUCUCUGAAGAGGACAUCAAUGAGCUGGUGAGACGGCGGCACACGCACCACCUGCAGAUGCCCAUCGAGGUGGUCAUGCUGUGCGUGUGUGUGUGUGUCAGACGUCUGUGUACGGCCACGAGGAUGUGCACCGCGGCUUGAGCAUGGAGGAUGAGCCCAUCCCUUUCGGCGCUGCAUCGCCCGAGUGCAAGGUGAGCACUCAAUCACCCGGACACACACAAACGUGGGAAGGCCUGCCUGCUUUGGGAGGGAGGGAGACGCGCUUUUGUGUGUGAUUGUGGUUUGUUGGUUGUGUGAUGUCAUUCAUCGUUCAGGAGUGCGUCAAGAACGGCACCAAGUGGGUUAUCGAGCACGCCGCGCGCAGGUUCGUCGAGAAGUGCAAGACCACCGAAAACCCCAAGUUCAAGAAGAUCUGCGAGAAGGCCAAACAGCACAAAGGUACCCACACACACAAUAUAUGUCCACACAGACGUGUCUCGCCCGCCCCGCUCAUCGGCUGUCCCUCUGUGUGAUGUGUGCAGCUGUGGCGUUGGGUGCGCUGAUCUACAAGGUCAGGCCCAUCAGUCUGGCCUUCGCUUACUGUGCCGGCAAGGGCCCGUGCGCCAGCCCCGAGGAGGAGACCGACGCCACCAUGGAGAGCAGCGUCAUGGCUCUCGACAUGGACCAGCUCAUCACCGUAUGGCACACACACACACACACACAGAGUCACAUCGACACACCGACUCAGUUAGCUAGAUGGUGUGGUGUGUGGGUGUGCAGACUUUGGAGAAGGAGUUCAACAUCGAUGAGAACGAGGACGAGCCCGAGGAGGUCGAGGACAAGGAGGGAUGCCACUGCGACUGCGAUUGCUCCAACGGAUGCAGUUGCCCCGGCUGCCACUGCAAGGCCGAACCAGUGCCUUACCACGGUGAGAGAGAAGGGGAAAAAGGGAAAGAAUCGAAUCAUCCACUCACACACCCCACCCCACCAUACACACGUACACACGAUUAGGGUUGCCUCUCCUCUCUGUGUGCGUGUCAGUGUUCACUCACCUUGGCGAGGCUGCUGAGGCGGCUGACGAUGAGGGCGACGACGCCCACUGCCCCAUGAUGACGCACGACGAGCUGCACCAGGAGUACCGCGACAGCAUGGCCCAGGAGGAUAAGGACGACUGCACCGACGAGGAGGACACGGGCGUAUCCCUCCGCCGCGGACGCCACCGUGGCCGCGGACCCAGGUACGUCUGGCUGUCACGGGGCAGUGUCCGUCCAUUGAAUGCCAUUCGCUGACUGUCUCUGUCUGUGUGUGUGUCAGCUGCGUGUGCAAGUACUGCGUCAAGAAGACCGCGAUGCGCGUCAUGAAGAAGGUGGUGCGUCGCGUGGUGCGGUUCUGCGAGGGGACGGACAAGCCGAUGGCCAAGAAGGCUUGCCAGGCCGCCAAGGACCACCCCAAGGUCGCAUUCGGCUAUUUGCUCGCGAAGGUGAGUCAGUCAGUCAGUCAAUCCACACACACCUGCCUACCUGCCUUCAUAGAGAGAGACAGAGACAACUGGUGGCGGUGUGUGUGUGUGUGGUGUCUGUGACGUGAUGUGAUUUUAGGUGGAGCCUUGGAAGUUCGCCGUGGGUUUCUGCAAGGGGCUGGGUGUGUGUGGCAACCCUUUCGGCCGCCCCCCCCACCACCACCACCCCUACGGCACAGACAGCAGCGAGAACAACGAGGAGCUGGCCGUGGCCUAAGCAACGAGCCUCUCUUUUUCUUACCUGCGCUGCCCACACACAUGCACACAUUCACAAGCACGCCAUUACUAGUCAGGUUGUAGUAAGCACGGGGGAGUGAGUGAGUGAGGGAGAGGGGAGAGAGAGGGGCUGCGUGGUAUUUCUUGUAGUGGGCUCUGCGUGGCUGGGUGGCUGGCCGGGUCAGGGGGCGCUUCGUACGUGCGUAUGUGAUGGUUUUUGGUGGGCUGGCCGGCGGGGGGGAGGGGCAUGGGGGAGGGGAGGGGGGUCGUCUAUCGUCAUGAUGGCUGCCCUCCGUGUCGGGCUGCUCGCUGAUAUGUACCGAUUGUUUGGUGCCUGCCUGCCUGCCUUUUCCCGUCUGCGUAUCUAUCUUGGUAGUUUUUUCCGGUCAGACGAAUGAAGCGCAUGAGGAGCGAGCACCCGAGAGACAAGGAGCUUUACACGAGGGAGGCGGGCAUUUAGCAAGCCUGAUUCUUGUAGUGUCCAAUCGUGCGUACGUAUGUUGAGAGUGCGACAGGUGCGGAGAUCGAUGGGUUGUUUGUGAACCGCAGCAAAGCUAGACGGACGGACGGACGGACUUGUUUGUGGAUCGAUCGAUGGAUGGGUGUAUGUGGUGGGGUAUGUGGUGGGCUUCGGGGAGCACACGAGAAAGGGGGCGGGGAGCACAAACACAGAGAGGUAGGGGUGUGUGGAUGGAUGGAUUGAAGUCCUGCCUCGAUUGUCUGAGACGGUCUGACUGUUGGCCUUAAGAAAGGCAAGAAGGUCGUGGAAGAAGAGCCUUUUCACUCUUCUUUGCAUGAUGUUGUUGCCUUUUUCGAGGCCAACGACCUGGCCGAUGCGGGACUGCCAUAUUCCUACACCUAUGCGUGUAAAGGGGGGCUCUUUGUUGUUUUUUAUGCACACGCACCUUCACACGAACCAGACAGACUCUUGUCACUCACAUGAAAGCGCAUCGAGAAAGGACAAUGAUCGGUCGCGAAAUGGGUGGUUGAUGCAAUGUGGUGGUCCCU